AAAUCUUCCUCUUGCUUUCUGGAUCCAGGCAUGGUCUUUCUUUUUCCGGUACAUGUUUGCUUUUCUUCCCCAAGAUCCAUUAAACCUCAACCGCAAUUCAAUCUCUCCAUUCCAACGGAAGAGAAAGAAAAUGGGAAAAGAGAAGAAAGGAAGAUCCACAGCACUUUCGUCCCCCACAUAAUCUCGUCCAAUUCCUCCACUCGCAAGUUAUUCCUCAUCCCCGUUUCUUCCAGAAACACUUGACCUUUUUUUUUCAUUUUUUCUUUUAUUUGUUUUUUGUUGACAGGUAGGAAAUAUACCAGAUCGGCAUUGUUCUCGCUAACUAACUAAUAUUCCCACCAUUGUGUUGGCUGUUAUAAAUAUGCCAGUAAGCAUGAACUGCUCAGUUCUUCCGCUGAUAAUUGUAGAGUGGAUAAGCCAUGAUGAGGAAUGCAUGGGCAUACUUGUUUCUUCAGCUAGUUUAGUCAUGCAUAACUGCUAUUUACAGUUCUGUCUUUUCCCUUCAUGGCUGGUUUAUUCUAAAUAUUUGAGUAGAUAUUUCAAGGAAUUGGAUUCUGCAUUUGUAAAUACUUAUGUUACUGUAUGGAUUUCGCUUGAUAACAGAUUGUGAUUGCUUUUAAUUGCUGAGGAAGUACUCCUCUUGGCUAGGUUUCAUUUUCCCAUUAAAUGCUAAUAUCUUGUACUGGUUCCACAUUUUGGGUGGUUUAACUUGCUUUUCUGUGAUGGGGUCUUGGAUAGAAGUCAAUUUUGGGGUGAGGGUUAUGGUUUUUACCAGUAUAAUAUUGGCGUUUUGUUUACUUUCAUUCUUGUGUGGAUUACUUUUCUUGGGUUUAAAGUGCUAGUGACUUAUUAGAUUUUGCUAGUAAGAUUUGAUACUGUUGAAGUGCUAGUCUUUUCUAAUU